AUGGAUUGCAACAAAGAAGAGGCUUCAAGGGCAAAAGAACUAGCCGAGGAAAAGAUGAUUGCUGGUGAUUUUGUUGGAGCGCAAAAGCUUCUUGCAAAGGCUGAAAGACUCUUCCCCAGUCUUGAAAGCUUACCGCAGAUGAUAGCCACGUGUGAUGUGCAUUCUUCUGCAGCUGAGAAAAUCAAAGGGCUUGACAACUGGUUCGCUAUCCUUCAGGUUCAGCCAUUUGCUGAUGCCGACUCAAUCAAGAAGCAAUUCAGAAAGCUAGCGCUGCUUCUCCAUCCAGAUAAGAACCAGUUUGCUGGUGCUGAGGCUGCUUUUAAGUUGGUUGGGGAAGCAAAGAGAAUGCUUUCUGAUCCGUUUAAACGUGCUCAGUAUGAUGUCAGGUACAGAUCCCACUCAAUGGCUGCUAGCAGGCAGUCGAAUGCAAAUUCUGGUCGCCAAGGUAACAAUAUUGCAAGUGGAUACACUUUUUGGACGUGUUGCAAGCACUGUGGCCACAGGUGUAAAUACUUGAGAGAGUUUAUGAACACUGCUAUGUUCUGUUCCAUUUGCCGUAAAUCUUACAUCGCCUUCAACAUCCAACAUGAUGGGGUGCCGCCUGCAAAACAAUUUCAAGAUCAAGGGAUGUGUAAUACAUCUCAGCAGACUGCUUCUACAGGAUCAGAACCAGAAACUUCAGCAGCUGAGAUGGAGAAGAAUGGAACAGUCGGAGGGAAACUCAACAUGAAGAAUCAAGAAAAUCGGAAAAGAGGUUCUGGUGACAGGAAACCCAAGAAAGAUGAGGUUUGUAUCGAGAAUGACGCUGAAGAAGGAAAACCACUGAAAGGUGAGACAUGUGUGAAUAAUUCUGCUGAGUUACCUACAGCUGAUGUGUUGAAGCCUCAGCCUGAAGUAAAAGAAGCAGAGACUAGUGCAGCAAAGUCAAUGCCUGAUUUAUCAGCUCUAAAGAAGAAUCGGGCAGCCAAAAAGAGGAGAAAAACUGUUGAGGAACCAUCUAAGAUCUUUGAGUUCGAUAGCUCUGAUGUUGCUGAGGCUAAAACAGAUACUAAUGAAUGUAGUAAGAGGAAGUCGUCGAGGAAAAAGCCUCAGGUUACUAAUGCUGUGGGGGGAAGCGAUGGUGAUUUUGUAAGUCCUCCAACAAAAAAGACAAAAUCAGGUUGUGAAUCUGAGUCUGAUUCUAAGAAGAAGCAAAAGACCGAAGAUAAUAAGUCGUCUGAGCUUGCUGAUUCUGGUGUUUCUCCUGCUUCUUCACUUGCUUAUAAAGGAAAAGCCAAGAUAAAUGGGAAUUCCGUAAAGGAAGACACAUUGUCAGCCGAAAACAAAGAGAGUGAAGGCUGUGAUGGUAAUGGAGAAGAUGCAACUUUGUCGAACAAGAUUGAUAACGUUGAAAAGGUAAACGAAGCUAACGAAAAUCCCAGUACGCUGGACAUACCUGAUCCAGAGUUCAAUGUGUUUGAAGCUGAACGGAAAACAGAAAAGUUUGCUCUCAAUCAAGUGUGGUCUAUCUGUGAUUCUAUAGAUGGUAUGCCCCGGAAAUAUGCCCGGGUUAAAAAAGUGCUGAAUGCCGAGAAGGUGCGGAUUACCUGCCUUGAGCCUGUACGGGGAAAGAUUGAUGAAAGCAUCCCAGUUGGUUGUGGAAAGUUCAAAAAUGGGGAAACAAAGGUCGUUGAGGAGCGCUCAAUCUUUUCAAGUCAGAUGCUUUACUCGUCAGGCAACAGAACUGUUAUCAUAUAUCCAAGGAAAGGGGAAAUUUGGGCUCUUUUCCGAGAUUGGAAAGAGGAAUGGAACACUAGUCUUGAAAAGCAUCAGUUACCUUAUAAGUAUGAGUUUGUGGAAGUUGUGAAUGAUUUUAGUGAUGAUCUUGGUAUUGGAGUGGCCUAUCUGGGAAGAUGUAAAGGGCAUAUUUCCCAGUUUCACCGGGAGGCGAAGGAUAGAGUUCUUGAGAAUCAAUUACCUGCGGGAGAGAUAUUUAGAUUUUCUCACAAAAUUCCAGCCGUCAAAAUGACCGAAGAGGAGAAAGAAGGUGUUACAACUUACUCGUAUAAACUGGACACUGCUGCGUUGCCAAAAGAUAUAUGUCAGGUUGAUGUGGUUGAUACAGAGAUGGGUGGUGAUGGUCCUUGUCCUGAAGCUCCCGAGGUUGAAGUGAAGGCCAAGCCUGUUUCAGAGACUUCUCUCUCUCCAAGGAAACGUCGGAAAUCUGAUGUUGAUAAUGGGGUAUGCAGUAAUCUUGGGGAAGUCGAAGGUGGAACUAGCAGAAGCCAUGAUUACACUCCUUCUCAAGUUGAUGAAAAGAACACGCUGAGCGAGUCCAUAAAGAAUGUCUUCAAACUGAGAAAAUCUCCUCGUCUUCAAACAAUCCCAAGCCAAGAAAGAGAUGAGAAGAACAGUGGUAAACAAGGCAAGAAGAUGAAUACCCCAAAGAAAACUGAUAAGGGUCUCGUGACAGAUUCUUUAGGGAAAAGAAAAUCCCCCAAUGGCAUACACCAACCAGCAGAGAAUCAGGAAGGAGAAAGCUCAAAGAAACAAGGUCGCAAUGGUGAAUUGACUCCUCUGUCCAAGGAGAAUGUUUUGCCAACUAAGUUGGAUGGCUCUACUUGUGACUCCCCUGUGAUGACUCCAGUGUCAGCGAGUUGCAAAACGCCGCAACAAAAAGCUUAUGACUUCGAGAGCCAGAGAUCUAAAGACAAAGUCCAAGUGAAUCAGACAUGGGCUAUUUAUAGUGAAGACAAGGGAAUGCCUACAGAGUAUGUGAGGAUCAGGACAAUCGACACCGAGCCUGAAUCCACGUUACGCGUAACGCAUAUGUAUCUUCCGCGAUCAAGAAAAACCAGGACCCGCCCUGCAACAUGUGGUGAUUUCAAAUUGAGAAGCGGAAGACCCAAAAUCCUUACUGCAGUCAGGCUCUCACAUGUGGUCAAUGCCGUUGACGCUGAAGAUUUCAUAGUCAAAAUAUACCCAAGGAAAGGUGAGGUCUGGGCUCUGUAUAAGAAGUGCGACAUAACCAAAGACGAUUAUGACAUUGUAGAAGUGGUGGAUGGUUACUGUGAAGACAAGGAGAUUGCAAAGGCAGUGGCUUUGACUGCUAAGGACUCGGAUUUACUACUAUACGGGAAACAAGAGUCAAAUGCAGGUUUUGUAUACAUCCCUAAGGCGGAAAUGAGUAGAUUCUCUCAUCAGAUUCCGGCUGUCAGACACCAGAAGAGGUCAACAAGGCGUGUUGAAGGAGAAGGAUACUGGGAGCUCGACCCACGAGCAAUUCCAGGUCGCACCAUUCUCUUAGACUGA